AUGAGUGGUAUCAAAACAUAAACUGUUAAAAUUGUUUCAAAGCUUAGAAAUGGAUAUUAAUAAGAAAACAAUAUAUAGGAUGCAAAUUAGAUUACGAAAAAAGUAAUUGAGCAUUAUGACGCAAGAGAUUUAAGAUUGUAAGAUUUAUAGGAUUGCUAAAAAGUUUACAAAGUUAUUAAGAAAGAGACUACUACUAAAUGGAUUUUAUUUUCAAAAUUGGAUGAAUGCAGAGCAUAAAUAAAAUUAGAAUUAUAAUAUUUAAAAAAAUUAGUGAUUUAUGUACAGAAUAAUAAACAUGGAAUGAAUAAAUAGCAAUAACUUGAAUUGAAUUAAUUAUAGAUACUUUUAAAUAUAUUUGAGACAUAUGUAGAUUAAGUAGAAAAUAACACUUAUGAUAAGAAAGAUAAACUAAAACGUCUUAAAUCUUCAGAAUUUGAUGAUAAAUAAAAAACCAUCAAUGAAUGGAAAAAAUAGAUUAAUAAAAAUGAUAUAAUUUUAGAUAAAAUGUAACCAUCUAUUUCUGAAUGGAAAUAAAUACCUUUAAAGAUUCUAGAUGAAGUUCUUACAGCAUCUUAUGAUCUUAAAUUGAAAUUAUCAUAAGAACCAGAUACUAUUAGUUCUGAUAAAACAUUGAAAUAUUAAAAUUUAAUUUAGGAUCUUAGAAAAAAGUUGAAUCUUGAUUAAUAUAAAAGAAGUAGAAAUCAAUUUGAUGAAUUUCAAUAAAUGUAAUUAAUUAUUUAUUAAUCAUUAGAAUUGAUAAUUUUAAUUAUCAUAUCCCAAAAUUAUAAGAAAUGAAUCAAUUAAAUUUAGCUCAAUUAAAAGAAAUGAAAAGAAAACUUAAAAAUAAAUCUAAAUCAAAUAUUAGUUAAAUGAAUUCUACCAAAUCCUCUCCUAGAAAAGAAGAAUCUACGUUACAAUAAAGUGAAGUAGAUAAUUAUUUAUAACAAUAUUAAAAGUAAUAUUAUUAUUUAAAUAAUAUAGAGAAAAAUAAAGAAUAAGUAGAAUUGACAAAGCACAAUAUAAAUAGAAUAUUAAAGAAUCUUAGAGAGAGGUUUUUAUAGCAAGAAAUAAUUAAGGAUCUAUUUAAAAAUUAAAUUAGAGUUUUGAUAUCAAUAAAUUAAAUACAAGUAAGGGACAUAGAGAGUAUAUAAUAUCAAUGAUUGAUGGAUAAUUAUUGAAACCAUAUACUCCAUUAGUAAGAUUAAGAAAAGAGGAUUCAAGAGAAACAUGUCAAAAUUCUCGUGCAAAUGAAACCUAAUCCAGAAAAUUGAGUAUUAGAAAUGCUUCCCCUUAAUCUUAUGUUGAAAGAAUAUCGUAAAAGAUUAAUGAUGUUACCACUUGUGAAGAGGAUGAAAUUUAUUCAAAAUUAGAAUUCCCUGAACUUUAAUUGUCAAGAUAAUAAGGUUAUAUAAACAAAUAAUAACACAAAGUUGUAAAAUAAUAAUACAAUGAAAAAUUUAUUUAGAAGAUUAAUAAUAAUGAAGUUAAAUUAGUUAAAUAAUGUUAAGGUAAUCAUUCAUUUUUAUAAUAAGAUUUCUAUACAACUAGAAUGAAAUUUAAUGAUAAAUUUACUGAAUUAGUUACAACCUUACAUAAAGAUCGUCCCUUAACUUCCAGUAUUAGAUCAAGGUCUUUUACUGCAAAUUAGAAUUAAAGACAAGAGAAAAUAUAAAAAUUAAGAUAAGUGGCUGAGAAGGCUCGUCAGAAUUUCUUUUUUCGAAAUAAGGAAUAAAGAGAAUGGCAUUAAAAUUUGGUUCAAGAAUUUAAAUAAACUGAUCCAACAUCUUAAUACAUUUUGGAAUAAUUGUAAUACAUUCUUGAAGGUAUUUUUAAAUAUAAUAAUUAGAGGGAUUAUUCAUACAAGUUGAUGAUAUUAUCAAUAUGGUAUAAUAAAUUGAGGAAUCUUCAGAAAUGAAAGUGACUUCUAAAAGUUGUUAACUUUUAAAUACAAUUUUCAAUUAUUUUGGAAUAUAAAUCUCUUAAUUAAAUUAACAUAAGAAAUUUAAGAAUUUUCAUUCUUAUAUUGAUUGA